GCGGUGUCCGCCAGGCCAGCGGCCGCGAUGCGCACAGCCCUGGUGCCUGACACAACCACUGGCCACUGGGACGACCGCAGGACGCUGGGCACUUGCGCAGACACCGACGAUGGGGCCACAGAUUUGGUGGGCAACCCCUGCGCCGUCUACGGGGACAACCCCACCAAGUGCGAAUAUUAUUAUUACGACGAUGGCGAUUUCACAUCCUCGGACAUGUGCUGCGCCUGCGGCGGUGGACCGACGCCUGCUCCGCCACCGACGGCGGGGACUUGCGCAGACACCGACGAUGGGGCCACAGAUUUGAUGGGCAACCCCUGCGCCGUCUACGGGGACAACCCCACCGGGUGCGAAUAUUAUUAUUACGACGAUGGCGAUUUCACAUCCUCGGACAUGUGCUGCGCCUGCGGCGGUGGUCAGGAGCCGACGCCGACGCUUGCUCCACCACCGACGCCUGCUCCGCCACCGACGGCGGGCACUUGCGCAGACACCGACGAUGGGGCCACAGAUUUGGUGGGCGACCCCUGCGCCGUCUACGGGGACAACCCCACCAAGUGCGAAUAUUAUUAUUACGACGAUGGCGAUUUCACAUCCUCGGACAUGUGCUGCGCCUGCGGCGGUGGACCGACGCCUGCUCCGCCACCGACGGCGGGGACUUGCGCAGACACCGACGAUGGGGCCACAGAUUUGGUGGGCGACCCCUGCGCCGUCUACGGGGACAACCCCACCGGGUGCGAAUAUUAUUAUUACGACGAUGGCGAUUUCACAUCCUCGGACAUGUGCUGCGCCUGCGGCGGUGGUCAGGAGCCGACGCCGACGCUUGCUCCACCACCGACGCCUGCUCCGCCACCGACGGCGGGCACUUGCGCAGACACCGACGAUGGGGCCACAGAUUUGGUGGGCGACCCUUGCGCCGUCUACGGGGACAACCCCACCAAGUGCGAAUAUUAUUAUUAUUACGACGAUGGCGAUUUCACAUCCUCGGACAUGUGCUGCGCCUGCGGCGGUGGACCGACGAGCCGACGCCGACGCUUGCUCCACCACCGACGCCUGCUCCGCCACCGACGGCGGGCACUUGCGCAGACACCGACGAUGGGGCCACAGAUUUGGUGGGCGACCCCUGCGCCGUCUACGGGGACAACCCCACCGGGUGCGAAUAUUAUUAUUACGACGAUGGCGAUUUCACAUCUUCGGACAUGUGCUGCGCCUGCGGCGGUGGUCAGGAGCCGACGCCGACGCCUGCUCCACCACCGACGCCUGCUCCGCCACCGACGGCGGGCACUUGCGCAGACACUGACGAUGGGGCCACAGAUUUGAUGGGCAACCCCUGCGCCGUCUACGGGGACAACCCCACCGGGUGCGAAUAUUAUUAUUACGACGAUGGCGAUUUCACAUCCUCGGACAUGUGCUGCGCCUGCGGCGGUGGUCAGGAGCCGACGCCGACGCCUGCUCCACCACCGACGCCUGCUCCGCCACCGACGGUGGCGUGCGUCAACACUCGCGACAAUACACCAUGGCUCAACGAUUGCGCUACUCAGAUCUCUUGGGGCGCAUCAUGCGCCAAUUACCUUAGCUGGGGGGACUGCGACUCUUCGUGCAAUCUAUGCGGCUGCAGCACGGCAUCGGGCACGAGCGCACAACAUUGCAGUGGCCAUGGGACAUGCUCUGCAUCUUGCACUGGGACGACCUGUUCUGAUGCUACGUGCGUCUGCGACGAGGGAUGGACAGGGGAAAAGUGCUCGCAGGGCACUUGCGCAGACACCGACAAUGGAGCCGAAAAUGUGUUCGGCCACUCUUGCGCUGCAUAUUGGUCAAACUCGGGGAUUUGCUCGUUAUUCGACGAUGUUGAUUUCACAUCGGGGGACAUGUGCUGCGCCUGUGGCGGGGGGGUGACGUCCCUGCCGACGCCAAGCCCUACACCAGCACCGACACCAGCUCCGACGCUUGCGCCUACACGUUCGCCAACAUCUGCUCCGACACCAGCACCGACUACGGCGCCAACGCCUGCGCCAACGGCAAGCCCUACACCAGUGCCGACACCAACUCCUACGGCGCCGACACUUGCUCCGACAUCAGCACCGACAUGCCCGCAGUCGACCUGCGAGUUCGCCCACAUGAUUUCGGACACGUCGGCUGGAGACCUCUUCUGCACGGAAGGGGUAGGGGGAUACAUCGGAGGCAGUAGUGCCCUUGACACCCUCGACGAGUGCCGGAGCUUGUGCCGGAGCAUGUGCGCCAACUUUGCAGUGUGGCGAACCGUUGGCAAUUUCUGCGGUUGCUGGAGCGUUUGCGAGCUGACGAGAGACGGCCCGGACUAUAGCGGCAGGCUGGUUUUCGCGUGCGAAGCUCCUGCACCGAGUCCAGCACCCACUCUGGCGCCAACGCCUGCGCCGACGCCAAGCCCUACACCAGCACCGACACCAGCUCCGACGCUUGCGCCUACACGUUCGCCAACAUCUGCUCCGACACCAGCACCGACUACGGCGCCAACGCCUGCGCCAACGGCAAGCCCUACACCAGUGCCGACACCAACUCCUACGGCGCCGACACUUGCUCCGACACCAGCACCGACAUGCCCGCAGUCGACCUGCGAGUUCGCCCACAUGAUUUCGGACACGUCGGCUGGAGACCUCUUCUGCACGGAAGGGGUAGGGGGAUACAUCGGAGGCAGUAGUGCCCUUGACACCCUCGACGAGUGCCGGAGCUUGUGCCGGAGCAUGUGCGCCAACUUUGCAGUGUGGCGAACCGUUGGCAAUUUCUGCGGUUGCUGGAGCGUUUGCGAGCUGACGAGAGACGGCCCGGACUAUAGCGGCAGGCUGGUUUUCGCGUGCGAAGCUCCUGCACCGAGUCCAGCACCCACUCUGGCGCCAACGCCUGCGCCGACGCCAAGCCCUACACCAGCACCGACACCAGCUCCGACGCUUGCGCCUACACGUUCGCCAACAUCUGCUCCGACACCAGCACCGACUACGGCGCCAACGCCUGUGCCGACGGCAAGCCCUACACCAGUGCCGACACCAACUCCUACGGCGCCGACACUAGUUCCGACACCAGCGCCGACACCAGCUCCGACGCCUGCGCCUACACUGUCGCUAACAUUUGCUCCGACACCAGCACCGACUACGGCGCCAACGCCUGCGCCGACGAUAAGCCCUACACCAGUGCCGACACCAGCUCCUACGCCGGCGCCGACACUUGCUCCGACACCAGCGCCGACACCAGCUCCGACGCUUGCGCCUACACUUUCGCCAACAUCUGCUCCGACACAAGCACCGACGAGGGCGCCAACGCUUUCGCCGACGCCAAGCCCUACACAAGCGCCGACACCACCUCCGACGCUUGCGCCUACACGUUCGCCAACAUCGGCGCCAACGCCUGCGCCGACGCCAAGCUCUACACCAGUGCCAACACCAGCUCCUCCGCCAGCGCCAACACUUGCUCUUACACCAGCUCCGACGCCUGCGCCUACAUUCUCGCCAACAUUUACUCCGACACCAGCACCGACUAUGGUUCCAACGCUUGCGCCGACGCCAAGCCCUACACCAGGGCUGACACCAGCUCCAACGCCUGCGCCAACACGUUCGGCAACGUUCGCGCCGACAACAGCACCGACUCCGGCGCCAACGCCAGGUUUGCCACCAACGACGGCGCCAGUAUCGACAGUUUUGACGUCACCAGUAGCAGCAGGUGAGACGGAAUUGCUUGUAGAAUCCACGGUGGGCUUCGGCGUUGGCGACAUCAUUUUGAUUCAGGGCGGAGGCAACAGCGAGACGGGAAUCAUUGCGAGCAUCGGGUCGAUUGUGUUGACCGUUGGUUUGACAAACAGCUACCUGGCUAACUCCACCGUCACAUUGUACCUCACCGCGGCAUCCACGAGUUCCGCCACAUCAAGCACCACAGUGAGUUCAACCAGCGAGAGGUUCGGCGGGAGUUCCAGCACGACUGUGAGCACAGAAAGCGAGAGUUCCAGCACAACGGCUUCCUCGACCACAGGAAGUUCCACCACCGUGAGCACGACCAGUGGGAGUUCCAGCACGACUGCGAGCACAACCAGCGAAAGUUCCAGCACGACGGUGUCUUCAGCCACUGGAAGCUCAACCACAGUGAGCACGAGCAGUGACAACUCCAGCACGACGGUGUCCUCGACCACUGGAAGCUCAACCAUUGUGAGCACUGCCAGCGUCAGUUCCAGCACGACUGUGAGCACAGAGAGCGAGAGUUCCAACACAACGGCGUCCUCGACCACAGCAAGCUCAACCAGUGUGAGUACAAGAAGCGGGAGUUCCAGCACGACUGUGAGCACAGAGAGCGAGAGUUCCAGCACGACGUCGUCCUCGACCACAGGAAGUUCGACCAGUGUGAGCACAAGCAGUGGGAGUUCCAGCACGACUGUGAGCACAGAAAGCGAGAGUUCCAGCACAACGGCGUCCUCGACUACAGGAAGUUCCACUACCGUGAGCACGACCAGCGGGAGUUCCAGCACCACAGCGUCCUCGACCACAGGAAGUUCGAUCACCGUGAGCACGACCAGCGGGAGUUCCAGCACGACUGUGAGCACAGAGAGCGAGAGUUCCAGCACAACAGCGUCCUCGACCACAGGAAGCUCAACCAGUGUGAGCACAAGCAGUGGGAGUUCCAGCACGACUGUGAGCACAGAAAGCGAGAGUUCCAGCACAACGGCGUCCUCGACUACAGGAAGUUCCACUACCGUGAGCACGACCAGCGGGAGUUCCAGCACCACAGCGUCCUCGACCACAGGAAGUUCGAUCACCGUGAGCACGACCAGCGGGAGUUCCAGCACGACUGUGAUUCCACCAGCGUGAGCACGACCAGUGGGAGUUCCAGCACGACUGUGAGCACAGAAAGCGAGAGUUCCAGCACAACGGCGUCCUCGACCACAGGAAGCUCAACCAGUGUGAGUACAAGCAGCGGGAGUUCCAGCACGACUGUGAGCACAACCAGCGAAAGUUCCAGCACGACGGCGUCUUCAGCCACCAGAAGCUCAACCACAGUGAGCACGAGCAGUGACAGCUCCAGCACGACGGUGUCCCCGACCACUGGAAGCUCAACCACCGUGAGUACUGCCAGCGUCAGUUCCAGCACGACGGUGUCCUCGACCACUGGGAGUUCCAGCACGGCGACUACGGAGUCCAGCACGACGGAGUCCAGCUCUUCGGUGACGACAGUGACUACUGUUGUCUUCGACGUGUGGACGCAAGGCGAAUGCGAUAGGUGGAUAUACUAUAUCGAGGGCUGCACGCUGGCCGCCCACGAGCUCAAUCUGAGCACCGUCGAAGCCGAGGACGAUGGCCAGAGUGGAGGGUGGACCGACCCACCUUACUGCUACAUUGAGAACUCCGUCCUCAAAUUCAACUCCGACGGAACCAACAGGGGCGCGUGCAGCAAGAGAGACCAGUGCAUCUGCGCUUCUGUGUCCCCCACCUACACUGUCACGUCGGAGACUUCCACCACACGCACCGGGCACGUCCCUCCCACGGGAUCUCCGACGUUCAUGCCCACGCCAGCUCCCACAGUGCCAUGCUUCGACGUCAACGUGACGGAGAACGUGACGGAUUCGCACAAGUGGUACGACACCACGGGGCCCGCGUACGAUUGCGAUUGGUAUGCAGCAAUGGACUGCCCAGCGGACGCCUCGCUGUACAGCAACUUUGGGCACUCCGCGCAGGAGGCGUGCUGCGUGUGCGGCGGAGGGCAAGCGGAGCCGAGCGAGAAGGUGUCGCUCGGGGUGACGGUGCAGGGAGUGGAUUUCUCCCUACUGUCGCAGGACCAGGAGACCCAGGAUGCGCUCGAAAAUUCCAUAAAAGCUGUGGUUGCCACGGCAGCGGGCGUUGAUAUUGACGAUGUGGAGGUGGAGUUCUUUGAAGGAUCUUAGCCUGCCGUCGCAACUUCGCCGCUGCCCGCGUGCAUUGUACCCCAGGUUUUGUCGCCGCAACUCAACGGCGGCUCCCAGCAGGCACACAAGCGACAGCGUCGUCGACGAAAUAGCGCUCAUUAUUGCCAUCGGCCGCAGCAGCAAAGAUGAGGUCGCGACCGCGUCGACCCGUCAGGUGCAUGGUGAGCGUUCAUUGUGAAUCAACGUUGGAUGCAUGUAUGACAACUUUGGUGAGCAUUGAAGUAUUCGUUGCAUCAGCUAUGAACCAAUGUGUUAUCAACUAUUUACCCAUUGCCGAGCAUGACAACAACUAUGUAUCAACUUCGUAUGCAAACGUUGUAUGUUUCAUUGUUCAGCACUCAUGGUGAAGUCAGGUGCAUGUAUGUCAACUUUUCCCGCUGGUCUGCCCACGAUGCGGGUAGAUGUUUCCAGACGCCAAGCCUUCGAGGGACCGAAAGUGGUUCAGGUCGAAUGCUCUACAGUGGCCGUUUCGCCUCCUCCUUCUCUUCCUCCCCCUCCUCCUCAUCAUCCUCCCCCUCCUCCUUAAACACUUUUGCUCAGCCGAAUCAUCUCCCCCUCCCCCUCCUCCUAUCCCUGUUUCCUGAUAUGGUGUGCAAUCUCGCUUGCGCCGCCCGAAAGCGGCUUCGUUCUGUAGCAGAGCUGCGUGCGACCGCACGGGCUCGGCUGCGCUGGGCAGCACGGCGCGGAAGCCCGACCGGAUCCGUUGCCGUCCGUUGUUGUUGUUGUUGCCGCCGCCGCCCUGUCGGGAUCUGAGUUGGUCGUCCCGCCGGCGUCGGUCGUUUCUGGGUCUGCUUGCUCCUGAAGAAAACAGAA